AUGAUGUCAAAUAGUAACGCGUUCGAAGAGGGCAAUAACUCUGGUGAUAAGGCUUCUAGCUGCGCUGAGAUGCCACCGGUACUCCGAGGGUUGGUAACGCAUAUCGAUGCUAUCGCCGCCGGUGCCGAUGCAACUAAUGGGAGCGAUGGGAGGGGCAAUAAAAUUCAGAAUGACGAACUUCCACCAUCCCCAGUUGCAACCGUGGAGUUGCUUCGGCAGAUCGAUGACCUCUACGAAACCUAUACCCGACUGGUUGAGGUUGUCUAUCGCUCGCUGGCGCCAACGGCAGCGCCGUCCAGUGGCGAUCCCACGGACGUCGAACAGGCAGACGUCAUUAUACGGGAGCUGAAAGGACGCGUGGGGGCGCUACAGGCGGGAAUUAGGUCCAAGGUUCACCAGGUCGGACGCUUUGCGUUGAUAAACCACUUGAAUUUGGAGGUACAGCAGAGACAGGCUGCUGUAGCUAGGAUGGAAUCUGUCCUGGCCACGACAAGACGGCACAUAUGAGAUUGAGUAUCACUUUCUAUUGUUUCGCAGGAUGGAAAAGGUUUUUAAAUGGUGGCGUCGGAAGUUAUUGUUCCACAGGUAUAUAGUCAUAUCUGCUAUAACGCGGUAGUGCUUCCUUUACACCCA